AUGUCAUGCUGUGAGAGAGUGCAAAUAAAAGGAAAUCUCUAUUUUACUAUCUCUGAAAUUGCUGAAUCUCUUCAAGUUAUGAAGGAGGUCACUGUGGAGGACAUGUCCUGGAAUGAAUCAGUAAGGGAAACAAAUCACUCCACGGUGACGGAGUUCAUUUUUCUGGGACUCUCCAAUUCUCAGGAACUCCAGAUUUUCCUGUUUGGGUUCUUUUUUGUGUUCUAUGUAGGAAUUGUGCUUGGAAAUCUUCUUAUCAUUCUAACUGUAGCUGUUGAUUCUCACCUUCAUUCCCCCAUGUAUUUCCUGCUGGCCAACCUCUCACUCAUUGAUCUGUCUUUGUCUUCAGUCACAGCCCCCAAGAUGAUUACGGACUUCUUUAGGAACUGCAAGGUCAUCUCUUUCAAAGGCUGCCUUGCUCAAAUCUUUCUCCUUCACUUCUUUGGUGGGAGUGAGCUGGUGAUCCUCACAGCCAUGGCCUUUGACAGAUAUGUAGCAAUUUGUAAACCCCUACGUUACAAUACAAUUAUGUGUAGCAAUGUAUGUGUUGGCAUUGUGACUGCUGCAUGGGGAAUUGGCUUCUUGCACUCAGUGAGCCAGUUGGCCUUUGCAGUGAACUUGCCCUUCUGUGGUCCUAAUGAGAUUGACAGCUUUUAUUGUGACCUUCCUAGGGUCAUCAAACUCGCUUGUACCGACACCUACCGGCUAGACAUCAUGGUCAUUGCUAACAGUGGUGUGCUCACUGUGUGUGCUUUCAUUCUCCUACUCAUCUCCUACACCAUCAUCCUAACGACCAUCCAGCACCGCCCUUCAGAAAGGUCAUCCAAAGCUCUGUCCACUUUGACUGCUCACAUUUCUGCUGUUCUUUUGUUCUUCGGGCCAUGUAUCUUCAUUUAUGCCUGGCCAUUCCCCAUCAAGUCGUUAGAUAAAUUCCUUGCUGUGUUUUAUUCUGUGGUCACUCCAUUCCUGAACCCAAUUAUAUACACACUGAGGAACAAAGACAUGAAGACUGCAAUGAGACGACUGAGAAAAUGGAAUGUGGAUUCUAGGGUAAAGUCUUAA